GAGAGCCAAAGACUUGGGCUUGCUCCGUUUCCGCCGUCUUCCGAUUUCAACCGGUUCGGGCCGUGAUCCGGUUACUCUCUGCCGGAGUCUCUCUAGGGCUUGCGUCAGUCUUUCUACUCCUCAAAUCUUGCUUCUUCGCUGCUCUCGUUUCGCUCCGGAGGUUGAGACGAAGAAGAGAGGCGAGGUUUGAUCGCGGCGGCGGGGCGUGAAGUCGAUUCGGCAAGUGAGGAUUAGCGGCUGAUAUCGCUAAUAAAUCGCACACUGCAAGUCGCUUUUGUGAAGAGAAGUGCUAUAGGAGGUUUGUUUGGAUAUGACAAUGGCCAAGAAGAACAGGUACCCUGGAGGGGGAGGGUAUUACGGCGGUGUUUUUGAGCCGGCAGGUGAGUAUGAGUGCUCGGGUAGCUCAGGAAGAAUGGACACAGAAAUGUCAGUCUCUGAGGGUUCGAGUGCUCCGAAAAGGAAGUGCAUUAGUUCGGUUUCCGAUUAUAGUGACGUUUUCAGGGUGCCCAAGCAAGUUCUUCCGGUGUCAAGCAUGUUGUCAUCAGAAAGGAAGGAUUUGAUAAGUAAGUUGAGGACCGAGCUUGAACGGAUUCAAGUACUUAAGAAGAGAGUUGAAAUGCAUAGGAGCAAUGGUGUUACAGUGUCAUCUUCUAGUGAUAUCCUCAGCUGUAGCAAUGGGCUGCAUGUGGAAAACUUGCCUAAUUCAACAGCAGCUUUAUCUUCUGGACAGGGGAAACCGCAGUACCCUGUGGCUCAGAAAGUGCAUGAAUUGAAUCGCAGCAAUUUUGGUAGGUUUAAGUCUGUCAAUCAGGCUUCAACACCUAGCACUGCAACUGUAAUGUUGAUGAAACAAUGCAAGACGGUAUUGCAACGGUUAAUGAACCAAAAAUGUGCACAUCCCUUUGUUAAACCUGUUGAUAUAGUGGCAUUAAAGAUUCCAGAUUACUUCACUAUUAUCAAGCAUCCAAUGGAUUUGGGUACAAUACAGAAAAAGCUAACUUCAGGAGUUUAUUCAAGCCCAUUGGAGUUUGCUGCUGACGUCAGGCUUACUUUUACCAAUGCUAUGACUUACAAUCCAGGAGACAAUCUUGUACAUGUAUAUGCUGAUGAUCUUAGUAAGAAGUUUGAACUCUGGUGGAAACCCAUUGAGAAGAAAAUCCAAAAGGCAGAACCACCAGCUAAAACUCCUGCUCAUGAAGACAUGGAAACUGCCAAGCCAAUCCUCCCCUCAAGAAAGAGGCCAAUCACUUCAAUGCCACGUGAAGUAAAGUCUGAGCCUGCUAAGCGGGUAAUGUCAGUGAAGGACAGGCAAAAUCUGGUGAGAGAUUUGGAGUCUUUGCCUCCAGAAGAUAUUCCUUCAAGUAUCAUCAAUUUCUUGAGGGAACACAGUUCAAAAGGAGAGGACAAUCCAGAAGGUGAGAUUGAGAUUAGCAUCGAUGACUUCAGUGAUGAUAGCUUGUUUACGAUCCGGAAACUCUUGGAUGAGCAUGCACAAGAGAAAGAAAAGAACCAUGUCAUGGCUGAGCCUUGUUCAAUGGAGCUUUUGAAUGACUCUGGAUUGAGCAAUUCGUCCAUGCAGCCAUGUGAAGGGAAUGACCUCGAUGAGGAGGAUGUUGAUAUUGGUGGAAACGAGCCCCCUGUCUCAAGCUAUCCUCCUGUUGAGAUAGAAAAGGAUACUUGUCACAGAAGCAGUAAAAACAUAAGCCCAAGCAGCUCCAGUGAGUCGGAUUCAAGCAGUUCCGAGAGUGACAGUGACGAUGAUUCUAAGGCCUCUAGUCCAGUACUACAACCCUUCCGUUCUGAAGCUCAAGCAGAUGAAAAGACAACAGUUGGAAAUCCGCUUGAAGGAACUCAGUCUGAUAGUGGGUUGGAUCAAGUUGAAGAAACUUCCCAGCCAAAGCCAAGUUCUGUUGAAUCAGAUAGCCGUCAGGAUGGGGACAGUGCUCCCACAGAGAGGUCAGUCUCCCCUGAUAAGCAGCAUAGAGCCGCUAUGUUGAAGCAUCGUUUUGCUGAUACCAUUUUAAGAGCUCAAGCGAAAACCUUUGAUCAGGGUGACAAAGGGGAUCCGGAGAAAUUGCGGCGACAGAGGGAGAAACUUGAACUGCAACAGAAGAAAGAAAAGGCUCGGUUGCAAGCAGAAGCUAAAGCUGCCGAGGAAGCAAGAAGAAAAAAAGAAGCAGAAGCUCUAGCCGAGGCUAAAAGGAAGAGGGAGCUUGAGAGGGAAGCAGCUAGACAGGCAUUGCUGCAGAUGGAGAAGACUGUUGAAAUCAAUGACUCUCGGUUCCUUCAAGAUCUGGAAAUGCAAAUGCUUACAGCCCCCAUGGAGCAGUUACCAAUCAAAGUAGAUGAAACUACAAGCCCAGAUCAUUCAGAUGAUGGAUUAGGUGGUUUCAAGUUUCAUGGCAGUAACCCCUUGGAACAACUCGGCUUGUUCAUGAAAAAGGAUCAGGAUGACGAGGAAGAAGAAGCUGCUGAUCUCGUUGCCCCAAAACCUGUAGAUGAUAUAGAGGAGGGAGAAAUCGAUAUUGAGUAAAUGCUGCUUGCUCUUCUUUUUACGCAACUGCUCCCUUUGUACUUGUGAACAACAGCUCAGAAAGUAAAACAUAGAUUUUCUUUUUCUUUCUCCGGUAAAGAAAACCAUACAAAUGUCUGCAAUUCUGGCAGUGUAAUGAUACAAAUGUCUGCAAUUUUGGUAGUGUAAUGGUAAACCUCAGUAGAUCUCUUCAACCUGAAAA